GCUCAUUUGCCUUUAGUGACACUGUCAUAUGGCCUGUCCUUGUUGACUGUGUUGCUCCAUGACAUUGUCAUGUCCACAACGUGAUCCCUAGAAUCACCUCCUGAAGAAGCCUUUUCAAAUAAUGAAAAAGGAAGUAGCUAAAUUGUUGGUUUUAGUGAUUCGGCCCUGCUAAAUAAGCCAUGAAGACAAAAAUGGGGGAAGCGAGUAAUCUGCAUGCAGUACAAAUGGGAACAAAACCACUUUCCUCCCUUUGCGAUACAGAGAACUGGUUCUGUGAAUGCUCUGCACUCUAUUCUGGAAAAUUAUGUCAAUUUUCAAACUGUGAGGAGAACCCAUGUGGAAAUGGAGCAACUUGCUUUCCAAAAUCCAGCCAUGAGGCUGUGUGUCUCUGUCCCUUUGGAAGGACCGGAAUUACUUGUAAUGAUGCUUUGAAUAUUACCUAUCCUAGCUUCAGUGGUACAGAUGCCUUUGGCUAUACCUCAUUCCUGGCUUAUUCAGCAAUUCCAAAUAUCAGCCUCUACUAUGAAUUCCAUGUGAAAUUUCAGCUGGCAAACCACAACUCAUCACUCCAAGAUAACCUGAUAUUUUUCACUGGUCGGAAGGGCCAAGGUCUUAAUGGAGAUGAUUUCCUGGUGCUUGGCCUGCGCAAUGGCCGGGUAGUUCACAGCUACAACCUGGGAUCUGGAACAGCCACUAUUAUUAGUGAGCCAGUAGAUCUGACACGCCAUGUUCAUGUGGUCAGCCUUGGCAGAUCUCUUCAGACUGGCUGGCUGAAGGUGGAUGAUCAUAAAAAUAAAACUACAACAUCUCCAGGAAAGCUGGUUGGGCUCAACGUCUUCAGUCAGUUUUAUGUAGGAGGUUACAUUGAAUACAUCCCGGAAUUCUUACCAAUAGGAUGCAAUUUUAAGAAUGGCUUUCAAGGCUGCAUUUUUGACAUACAAGUUCGCACCAGAUGGGAUCAGCCAUACAAAGCACCAGGUAUUCCAGAAGGCCAUCCCAAUGCUGGCCGCAGUGUUGGGCAGUGUGAAAAGUCUCCAUGUCAAAUGAUAAAAUGCAGAAAUGGAGGGACAUGCGUGGAAACUGGCUCUACUGUUUACUGUCUUUGCCACACUGGCUGGAAAGGGGCUUUCUGCACAGAGACCAUUACCGUGUGCGAUCCCGAGCACAUCCCACCACAUAGGUGCAGCCAAGGUGCCACCUGCAUCCCACUGCCGGAAGGAUACACUUGCCACUGCCCAUUAGGAACCAUUGGAGUCAACUGUCAACAAGCCCUAACCAUAAGUGAUGCAUCUUUCAGUAGCAACAAGUCCUCAUGGAUGUCAUUUGAUUCCUUUAACAUACGACGCAAGGUUCACAUCCAACUGCAAUUCCGGCCCCUUUCAACAGAAGGCAUCCUCUUCUAUACUGCCCAGCACUUGAGUCCACGAUCAGGCGAUUUCCUAAGCAUCUCUUUAGUUAAUGGAUAUGUACAACUGCGCUACAACCUUGGAGACAGAACAGUAAUCUUGCAGACUUUUCAAAAUAUAGAUAUUGCAAGUAAUAUGUGGUAUUUAAUUAAAGCAGGAAGAGUUGGUAAUGAAGGCUACCUAGAGCUUGAUGGUAUCAAUAUAACUCAGAAAGCUAGCAAUGGAAUGACUGCCCUAGACACACACACAGAUUUCUAUGUAGGAGGGGUAUCUGCUUUAAAUCUGGUUAACUCAAUGGCAAUUGAGAAUGAGCCUACUGGUUUCACUGGCUGCAUUCGAGAGGUUCUAGUAAAUAACAAAGAACUAAAACUGACUGAGAAGGAAGCUAAAGGAGGUUCCAAUAUAGGUGACUGUGACGGAACUCCUUGUGGGUACAGUGUGUGUAAAAAUAAUGGAAAAUGCAAAGUUGAAAACUCAAGGUUUUCUUGCUUGUGCUCUAAGCACUGGAUGGGGAAGAUAUGUGAGCAAUCUAUUUACUGUGUACAUAAUAGGUGUCUACAUGGAGGCAUUUGCAUACCCGAUCACAUUUUAUUUUCAUACACUUGUGCAUGUAGACUUGGCUGGUCAGGCAGACACUGUGAAAAACAAAUCUCAUUUUUUACUGCAGGGUUUACAGGUAAUUCAUUCAUCAAAUACAGAGACCCCAACUAUAAAAAAAGGGACCUCAGGUUCACUAGAAUCUCUUUCAAUUUUACCACUAUUCAGUCAGAAGGGUUAGUAAUAUGGUUAGGAAAAGCAGAGAAUGAAGACAAUGAUUUCCUUGCUGCUGGUCUUGCUAAUGGAAUGCUAAAAGUUAUAGUUAAUCUUGGGGAAAGAAUUUCUGUCCCCCUUAUUCACCAGAGAAAGUCUCUAUGUUGCAAGAAUUGGCAUUUUGUCACCAUUGCACAAAACAAGACUCUCAUUAAAGUAUACCUUGAUGAUGAGCUAGUUCUCUUUGAAGAUCUAGAUCCACACAAAAAAUACACUGCUCUAAAUUAUGGUAGCAUUUGCUAUUUGGGUGGAUUUGGACUUGGUAGAAGAGUCAGCACGGUCACCAAUGGACUUUUUAAUGAGGGGCUAAUUGGUAAAAUUAAAGAUGUUGUACUCUUUCGAGAUUCUAAGAAGAUCACACUAAUCAAGGCAGAAGGCUAUAAUGUUUAUAGUGGGGAUAAGGAUUAACUGAAGGUCUUCAGGAGAAAUAAAGUACAGUGGUCCCUCUACUUACUAAAUUAAUCCGUUCCGAAUGCACAUUUGUAAGUCGAAAAAUUCGUAAGUCGAAAAGCGGUUUCCCAUAGGAAUGCAUUGGGAACGGAUUAAUGCGUUCCGGAGCCUAGAAAAAAGACCCAGACCCCCAGUAAGGCUUGCAAACUGCACAGGAACAUUUCUUUUCAAGAAUAAACAGGCAGUAAACAGGCAGGCAAGUCAAGGAAGCCGCAUGUAAAAUUCAUAAAUCGAGGAAACCCCAUCUAAAAAUUUGUAAGUCGAGGAAACCCCAUCUAAAAAUUUGUAAGUCGAAAAAACCGCAUCUAAAACCGGAUCUAAAACUGCCGUUUGUAACUCGAAAAAUACUUAUGUCGAGUAGUUUGUAAGUCGAGGGACCACUGUACUCCUUAGGAAAGGUAUAAAAUAUGAAGUUCUACAUACUGUGCAUGCACCACAAGAAGAAGAAACUAGAAGUCUGCCUCCAAACUGGCUGUUUAAUUCAAAUCAGUAUGAAAAAUUCCACCCUACCAUCACUUCUCACUAUUUGUUGGCUUGUUGGUACCUUAGGUUGCUUACAGUCACAAUAGGCAAAAUCCCAUCAGGACCAAGUCUCUAUAUCUAGCACCCUAUGCCCCCCUUUACGUUUCCCCUUACCUACUUUGUUCUUAACUGUGAUACAGAGACCCUUCUGUCUCUAAGUCCUCUGUACAUUUUGCCUGAGUCGUAUUUCUUUCUUAGCUCCUCCUCUCUUCAACUACAUGUUUCCCAUCCAUUGUUUCUUCAGGUCAUUCCUUUUCAGUCACUGUCUACAUUGCCUAAUUUUAAGGCCAGAGUCCCUGGCAUCUUUGCCCAUAGUAAAACAGCCCCUAAUCUUAAAUGCUGUAAAACAUUUUCAGAUUACUCCCUUGUCUUGGUUUGCUUUCCCCAUGUUCUUCUCCUAAAGCCUCACUCCACACCUGCCCUUCCUCCAUUCCACUGCCUACUCUGAAACCUUUCUUCUGUCUCCUUGUUUAAGGGCUCUCUGUCCCUUAGUGCCCCUUCCUCUGGGACCGCUUGCUCAGACAUGUCAUAUUUUAAGGUUUUCAUCUGAACCAGACAGCGUUUUCCUCCCUCCAGAUUGCAAAACAUUUGUCAGAACUGGACAUUCCAAGACAUCACAUCAAUUCAAGCAGUGCCAAGGCUUCACUGCCACAAGCACAAUAUAAUAUAGAUUUGAGGCUCUUCUUCAGAAAUGGCAAAUCAAAAUUAUUCUUGAAAACUACUAGCAAAUAGUUGAGAAAAGAUAAUUUUCAUUUACGUUAAUGUAAACAAAUUUAGAUAUUAUUUUGCAAAUAAAAAGAUUAUAUUUUCUUUUGUAGCUUUAUAUCCAGUGAACCAUUAAGUAAGUCUAUCUUGAUGAAAGUAAUUUUCAACAUAGUAUACAAAUCUGUUAGCAUCUUUCUCAUAUACAUUUGCCUCUUAAGUUUCAGAAUGUAAUUAAAAAUGUAAUCAAAAAAUAAAUGCCAAAUAAAUAAGAAAUA